CACGAGCCGACUGAGGGUCCCGGACGAGCUCUCAGUUUCAUGGGCCUAUCUCUUCGUUUUCACCUUUGUGCCAAAAGAUAUCGUCACGGACAAGUAUCGGCCUCAAUUUAAUGUACUAUUUUUUCCCCCUCUUUUUUCUCUUCCUGUUUUGCUGCUGUUGUUACUCGAUUCCCCAUUGCCAUUGUUGAAAGGGCUGUUCCCCACACUGGCAAUUCUGGUCCCUGGAACCUGUACCUGGGCUAAAGAGUAGGCACGCCUGCACAAUUGGAUCCUGCCCACACGCUCAUACUAUCUAUCUGUAGAUAUCUGAUAAUUGUUCGGUUCCCUUUGAAGCUUCGACUCGAAGCCUCGGAAAUGUGCGUUGUCCUGCACGCAUUAGACUGGGAUUCGAUCCAAUGUCCACGAACAGCAUCUCGACUGGGCUGCCCACCUGGCGUGGGUGUGGAACCCCACUCAAUUAGUUCCCGCCUGGAACGCGUCGCGCCAAUCACUCGAGCUCCAGCUCUGGCUUCUUGCUGCUGUCGCAGAAAUUCCCCCAAGACGAAAAGCAUAAUCCCAGAUUCGACACCGCGCCCACGCCGGAACGGCUCCAUACGUUGAACUCAGGGCCCAGGUCUUCAAAAGACAGACAACCGUGCUUUGCCGCAUCGAGACCUCCUCCGGGUGUUCAGGCGGCACGAGCCGGCGAUCGAGCAUGUCCACAAACGCUUCAGAGGACGAUGUCAAGUCUGGCAAGCGAAGUCAUGCCGACUUCGCCGCCCAAGAUGACGAUGACAGCUCCUCCAACAGUGACAUGGGCCCGCAGCUGCCGUCGCAAGCGCCCAAGAAGAAGCGACGCGUGCUGCCGUACGAGAAGCUAUACACGUCGGCCCUCCCCGCAUCGGCGCGCUACUCCAAGUCACUCAUGCACAAGGAGCAGCUCUCCUUCGUGCUCUGGACCCCACUUACCGAGUUCCUGAUCACGGCAUCGGUCGACGGCGUCGUCAAGUUCUGGAAGAAGGUCGCACAGGGCAUCGAGUUCGUCAAGGAGUUUAAGGCCCACCAGGGGGAUAUCCGUUCUGUCUCUGUGAGCGCCGACGGCCGCAACUUCGCCACCGCCGGCGUCGACAAGUCGAUCAAGAUCUUCGAUGUCAUCACCUUCGAUCUGCUCGCUAUGAUCCCGCUCGAGUUCGUCCCGAGGUGUGUGUGUUGGGUCCAUAAGAAGGGCGCCUCACUACCACUACUCGCCGUGUCCGAGGCCGAGAAGCCGCUGAUACACAUUCUGGACGGGAGAGGGGAGAAGAGCGAGCCACUACACACCAUCAAGGGCCUCCACCGGAGUGUGGUGAAUGUCAUGGCGUUCAACGACGCCUACGAUUGCGUCGUUUCGGCGGAUGAGGGCGGUAUGGUGGAAUACUGGAGGCCACACGGCCGCUACGAGAAGCCGAACAAUGUCUUUGAGUACAAGAGCGCCACAAACCUCUUUGAGUUCAAAAAGGCCAAGUCGGCCCCGACGUCGCUCACGAUAUCGCCGACGGGACAGCGGAUGGCGACCUACUCGAUCCCAGACCGCAAAAUCCGGAUCUUCGACUUUGCCACAGCGAAGCUCUACCGAACAUACGACGAAUCCAUCCAGACGGCCGAGGAGAUGCAGCAAGCCGGCACGGCACUGCAGAAGCUAGACGAGGGCGAGUUCCGGCGGCGGCUGGUGCAGGAGCGCGAGCUCGACACCCCAGCGCUGUCAGACAAGAUCAAGGUCAUAUUCGACGAGUCGGGCCACUUCAUCAUGUACGGGUCAAUCUUGGGCGUGAAGGUCCUCAACACGUACGCGAACCAAGUGGUAAAAGUCUACGGCAAGGAGGAGAACUUCCGAGCCCUCAACCUGGCCAUCUACCAGGGGCAACCGCAGAAGAAAGGGGUCACGACGGUGGAAAUGGCGGCUUCAAAUAACCCGCUGUUGCAGGAGUCCGAGGUCCGGGACCCUAUCCUGGUGGCCACAGGGGCGGGCAAGGGACGGUUCUACAUGUUCACCAACGACGGGGAAAUCUCCAAGUCGACGCGUGACGUGCAGAACGAGAAGCCGACGGUGUUGGGCGGGGGCAAGAAGGCGCAGGAGAAGAAGGCCGAGACGGGGUCGUCGGCUGUGAUCCACACGACGUACGGCGACAUUCACAUCCGGCUGUUCCCCGAUGCGGCACCCAAGGCUGUGGAGAAUUUCGUGACGCACUCGAAGCGCGGCUACUAUAACAACACCAUCUUCCACCGCGUGAUUCGCAAGUUCAUGAUCCAGUGCGGCGAUCCGCUAGGGGACGGCACGGGAGGCGAGAGCAUCUGGGGUAGAGGGUUUGAGGACGAGUUCAGCACGCUGAAGCACGACAGGCCCUACACGGUCAGCAUGGCAAAUGCCGGGCCGUGCACCAACGGCAGCCAGUUCUUUAUCACGACAGUGAAGACUUCGUGGCUGGACGGCAAGCAUACAAUAUUUGGCAGGGCUACGCAGGGGUUCGACGUGAUUCAUAAGAUCGAGAACGUGCGGACGUACAAAGAAGUACCAGAGGAGGAGAUCAAGAUACUGAACAUAGACAUUCAGUAAGUUGCAGGUUCGCGCGACAGGCUUCGAUAUCGAAAUUAAACCAAACCAGAUACCCGUUGCUGCUGGAAGAGUUC